AAAUCUGCACUUUCCUAAUCCACGCUCUCGACAUGAGGCGACGACCGCGCGAAGUGCCUGUGGCGAAACCUUCCGCCGUGCACAACUACGUACCCAACGUGCUGCUGCGUGCGGAGGAACACGGGAGUCACCGGAGAUGGCUGCCAAACGAGCGUAAACCUGGAGCGUCCAAGCACUCGACGCUGAACCAGCAGCAAGACGUCAUGAAGAUCAAAGUCGACAUGAAUGAGUACUGCUCCGAGGCAGAAGUGGACAAGCUCAAUGCACUGGAAGAAGAGGUUGCGAUCUUGGAGAGCGAGGUAAACUUUUCUCUAGAGCUGCAGCACUGGAGUUGACAUUGGUAUGACUUGCUAUUUAGAUGGAAAAGUUUGUAGAGGAGUUCUACAUGGCAGCGGCCAUGUUCUCCACCCAAGCGACUGCACAGAAGACGUACGUGACCAUAUUGGAGACUUUUGCUGAGAUGACCUCACAGACGCCUUACUCCACUUCACAGUCUCAUCGAACGCCUGAAAGCAGCUCAAAGUUCGUCCAACAUUAAACCAAGCGAGUGAAGUUGUUGUGCAGCCUUCUGCGUUCUUGAUUUAAUAUUAGAGCACACUUGUUCUUUUUCCAGGAAAGGCCAGUCAAAUGAAAAAACACAGCACCGCACCGCGCUAAUGGAGCUGCAGUGCACUGUGGCAUCCUCGUAUUUCCUUCCUCUAGGG